AACAUUGAAAGCAAUGAACAUGGGUUGACACAGAAUCCUGAGAACAGCUUGCGCAUAACAAACCCCUUAUGACGUACCCCAUCAGCAAAGGCGCAAAAUCCUCAUUCAGGCAGCAGAGACCAUACUUGAAUUCCGCAAAGCCUGGUCAACAGGCGCCUCAAAUGAAACCACAGACCACACGAUGCCUCACAUGUGGUCUUUAUUCUUUAUUUCCACGCCAGAAUCUGUCUCAACCAUUUAGGAACACGUGAACCCAGUCAAGUGUGUAGUCUUUAUCGAUCACCGAUGGAAAGAACACAAAUAUAAAAUUCGUUAAAUAAGAUAAGUUCGUAUUGUUUGAAGAGAGCGAUAUAUCGGAAGAAUUCGCCCCUUAAGUUAAUUGAAUUUGUCUUUGAGAAGAAUGAAUUAGAUUUGGGCCAUUGAAAACUGAAAGAAAACAAAGAAAUUUAAACGGAAAGGACAUUUAAUAAGGAUUAUGCCUCGGCGAAAGAAACGACGAAGAAGUGGAUGUCGGACGAAUAACACACCAUUGCAAGAUGGGCAAACAUCAUCGAUUACACGCUGGGUUCAUCAUCCAUCAUCGUCAUCAGUCACGUCAUCAUGUGAACAGAGUCCUUCGGUGUGCACAAUAAGAACUACAGGCAAGAAACCCAAAGAAAUAUCAAUCACCUGCAUUGUCGAAGACGGUGCAACCAUCACUGAAGACACGACCAUCCUACUACAGAAUCCACAGCUGUGUAAAGACAGUGAAGAAAAGACCACUUUGUCAACCGAACUUGACAGUGACAGCAGUGUGACAAUCCAUGCACCACACUCGCAAAUUACGCUCUGCCAUACAACAGAACAGCUUGCUAUAAAUGAGGGAAAUAUCUUUUAUAAACUGAGACACAUGUGCGCCACCUACACAUUAUUUCAGGGAACCACAUGGAACAACAUGUUGUAUAUAUUGCUGCCUUUUGCCUUACUCUCCAUCAGUAUGUUAAUAGCGACCUUCUGUAUGGGAGGAUCUUCACCGACAGAGCAGUGUGACACUAACAGCUACUCUAGAUACAGCAAGGCUUUGUACCAAUUACAAAAACAGUUCAGAUGUCAGAAUGUAUGGCUUUGGCUCACUUUACGUUCGGUCGUCUGGAACGUAUUUUAUGAACCUAAAGAAGACUUACCAGGUGUCAUUCUGUUUGUGGUACCUCUCAAAAUGACCGACACAGGAUAUAACAUUGCUCUGAAUGUUGUUGAGAUUUUCAAUGCCCUUCAUGGCCAUGAUGUUUCUACCCACAUCAAAUUCGGUAGCAUUGGCAUGACCGGGUUGGCUCUAUCUGAUUUCCAAAGCAAGCUCUACUUGGAAAUUGAAACAAUACAAUCCAAGUGCCAACCUGCUGUUCUGACCGAUCACUUGGAAAUGGUCUCCGGCGUCGACAUAAACUUCAUUACUUACACCUUAGUCGAGAAACUGAUCUGUAACAAACUGUUUGUCUUCACCAUCUACGUACCCCUUCACAAAGCUAACCCUUUGAAAAUACCUGAAUAUCUGUGGGAGAUUUGGCAAACGAAGGAGACAGAAGUGAAUUCUCUGAUAGCAAGGCUUACUGAGAAUAUGGUAUUUAUUUCAGCCACUGAUUAAUAUUCACAGUACAACACCAUAAACGGAAGCAGCUUUUGCUCUUCUGAAGACUGACAUACAUGUGUUGUGCAUGUAUUGUUGAUUGUAUGAUUUCUAAUUGAGGACAUCUUAGAAACCUUCACCAAAGGAGGCUUGAAACAACCUCAAACUACUAAUCUCUAUGAAAAGGAACUUCAAAAGUAACGAGAGCUGUUGACCUGUUUUAAGGGUCAUUAAGAAAAUACAUACAUGUGUAUAUACUUAAAUGCAUUCACAAUAUGAAUAUGAAUAUACGUGUAUAUACA